CUGGGCUGCUGUUUCUGAACGGCUGGGCGGGAAGAGAGGAUCGUGGAAGAGGACGAGGGAGGAAAUGCAGCGUGUUACCCAGUAGAACCCUGCGGUCCCCGAGGCAGAACACAACAGCGAGGUCUACCCUUAAACUACCACCCACGUGACAGCCCGUCUGGCCAAUCGGAGGGAGCUAUUGAACAUGAUGAGCCGGAAACACGAGGAGCUGGAGGGUCGCCUCGACAACAUGCUAUCACUCAUUGCCAUGGAAACGCAGGAGAUCAAAGAGCUGGAGCAACAGCUGACGGAUGGUCAGAUCCUCGCCAAUGAAGCUCUCCAGAGAGACUUGGAGGGAAUCAUCUCCAGCCUGCAGGAAUACCUGAGAGAGCUUAGAGAGCAGGCCCGCAGAGCGCUGCUCAGAGCCCAGACUGUGGAGGCUCAGAACCAGGAUCUACUGCGCCAACUACAGGACACCCAAAAUUACUGCAGCCAGUUGCAAAACACUCUCAGGACACACCGACAGGACAUGUGUUGUCUGCAGGCUAAGCUGUCUGUCUUGCAGAAGGAGAACCAGGCUCUGAAAGAGAGACAGGGGCAGGUGCAGAUCCAGCAGGCCAGACAGGAAGAGUUGGAACAGACCAAACUGGAGCAGUCCAGAACUGUCCUGUUGGAUCUGUGGGAGGUUCAGGAUCGAUUAGGGAAGAUGGCUGAGAGCCUUUCCACAGGACAGACCAGAUACAGUCCUCGAGGUCCAGAAGAUGUUUUGGGUCACAGUUUGGAGAAGUUCUACAGGGACGUCCAGCAGCACAUCGCUGAUCAGAUCAAAGCCGCUACACAGCAGAAUCGACAGGCCCUGAACCAGCGGACCCACAUUCAGGACGAGCUUCAGACCCUAGAGACCCAACUCACCACUAUGAGUGUCGACCGCAGUAGUGAGGCAAAGCUCCAGCAUCUCAGGGCAGAGUUACAUAAUCAGGGGGAGGAGCUUCAGCGGAGCAGGCAGCAGGUUCAGCAGGUCGAGGAGGAAAGUGACACACUACUGGCUAAGCUGUGGUCAGAGAGAAGCUGUCUGCACAGAGAACUGCGGCAGCUGAAGAGCCUCGUGGCCCACGCUGACCAGCUCACCGUCAAACAGCUGAUCUCAACAGCCCAUGAGCUCAGCUCUCUGCAUACUACCCUGGACCUGAUGGAGCGCACACGAGACCAGAGGAGGAUGGAGGAGCCAGACAACAGCUUCCACCAAACACACAUGCAUUUGAAACGUCAACACACCCGCAGCCUCACACACACACACACACAAACUGCAGUGCACCAACAUGCACAAGCGCCCAUCCCACCACACCUUGCCAGUUUAGGAUCCCAGGGGACUCAGGACUCUGGUUUGGGGCUGCAGUACCUCAGUUCUCCUGAAAGGGGCCGUGGUGUCCGUGGCCCCAGGGAAGAAGGACAGCCAACAGGAGGGUACAACCACCUUUCUGUUCUCCACACACACACUGGCACCGAGACAGAGACAGAGUUGAGGGACAGUGGAGGAGGUAGUGAUGGUAACGCCACAGAAGAUGACAGAAGAAGAGGGAGUUUUUCACCCUCUCCUGGUCCAGGCUGUGUCCUCAGUCCUCCAACAGAGAGCGCUGUGCUGCACUGUAACAUGCCAGAGCACACCGACACAGUUACUGUGGAAGUGGAGGAGAGUGAGGAUGAUGGGGUUGGGUCAGUUGAACCAGUUUACAGCUAG